AUGACCCAUUUCAUACCGUCUUCUCAUCCAGAAGAAUUCAGGACGUCAGGUCUGCUAGCAUACGCACCUCAUAACCCACGUGCAAAUCUUUCAAUCAAGGAUGUUGUAUUUGAGAUAACCAACGAAACGGAGCUUACAACAGACACUGCUUCUGACUCCGAAAGUGGCAAUGAACUCCUGGAUUUGAGCAGUCAGUCAUGCCUUCAGCAAAUCAGCCCAUACUUCGACGUCAAGCGCACAGUGUAUGGAGGUAGAGGUUGUUUUGCAAGCAGCUUCAUUCCAAAGGGUACGAUAAUACUCAAGUCUGACCGUCCUGUUGGAAGUUCGGUUGCCAAAGUUUUCAAAAAAGAAGUUUGCCUGUGGUGUUUUGCUUAUCAUAAUGGCAAGUCUAUGAAGCAUCGGUUGCAAAGUAAGAUCUACUUCUGCAGCGAAGAAUGUCAAUCUGAGUUCGUGGAGUAUGAUAAUGACGGAACACUCACAGCUGCACUUAUAUCAUUUGAUGAUGCAUUUGCGAAGAAUGAGUGCGAUGUCGAAGACUACGAGGUACCUGAGGUCUUUGACGAAAGUGCCAUUCGCAAGACCUGGGAAGACAUUGAGGAAUGGGAUAACAAAGUUUCCAGAAUGAAGCCCACAAAGAGAGCUCGUUUCUUACCCAAACUAACAAAAGACGAUUAUGCCGAGGCAAGAUAUACCAUAUCAGUUGUCCAUUCCAUGCACCAAGGGCUGUCAAGUCAGGUCUCCAAAGAAAUGGAGCUCUUCCAUACGUUGGAGUCCAGUGAACCACAGAAGGUAGAGAAGUAUCCUUACCUCACCUUAGCAUACAGUAACAUUUUUAAGUUUCUCCGUCUCACAUGUCCCGAGUCAUUUCAAAAGUUCAUCACCCCACAGAGCGUUCGUGACAUCAUCGGUCGUAACCUCACCAAUGCCUUCGGAAUAUGGUCACCUACAACAACAGACGAUGAAGAGAGGGAGUAUCUUGGAUUUGGGGUUUAUCCAUCUGCAUCAUUUUUCAACCAUUCUUGUGCCUUCAACGUGAAGAAGCUGAGAGAGCUCAAUACCUAUAUUUUUAAAACCACCGAGGACAUUCAACCCGGUACCGAAUUGUGCAUCAGCUACGGUAUUACAGGGGAUGAGACAUUGGAAAGUAGAGAAGCCACUUUGUCGGAAUGGUUUUUCAAGUGUGGGUGCUCUAAGUGUACUCUUGAGAGAGCCUAG